CAGCAGUGUAGCGAGCGGUGAUGUUGUUUCUCAAAUGGACGUGUUGGCCGCUCCUGCAGACAGACGUAAAGGAUGGUACCUGUCUCUGAUGGCGCCCAACACUAAAGGACCAACGUUCGCCUGGCUGGACCCGUCCAGACUCUACUGCAACUCCCAGGCUCUUGCAGACUGUGUCAAAGACCUCCUCAGUCCAUUCCACAGUGACACCAUUGAUCUGGUUGCCGGGAUGGAUGCAAUGGGAUUCAUUCUGGGUGCGUCUGUUGCCACCACCCUCGGAAAAGGUUUCCUGGCUCUCCGUAAAGCAGGACACAUCUGUGUCGCCACCCAAAACCAAAACUACACCGACUACUCAGGCAGAGAAAAGACUAUGGAAGUAAGACUGGAUGUGCUGAAGCCAGGUCUGAGGGUGUUGUUAGUGGACCAAUGGAUAGAGACUGGAGGCACAAUGAAGGCUUCCAUCCAGCUGGUGGAGAGGCUGGGAGCCACUGUUGUAGGGGUAGCAGCCGUGGCCAUCGAGAACACUGAAGGAGGAAAGUGGAUUAAAGAAAAUUACAAAUUCUCUCACUGCAUCCCCGAAGAGCUCCAGAGCCAAAUUGAUGGAAAGUAUCUUGAUUCCUUCAAAAGCUUCAACUGAACAAGAAAACAUGAUUUCUUCACUUCAACUUCAGUAAAGAAGAAAAGGGGAAUAGUGAUAUAUUCUAUGACUGAGAUGGUCAUGAAAGUUUUAUCUGCUUUUAAAAAACAGACGCUAUCCUGUGAUUUUUAACUGUUUUCAAAAAUAUGUAUUAAUUUGAAAACACUUUGUAAUAUUUUUUUAACAUUUUUAUUCCAUGUAAAACAUAACAGGAGAUAUUUUAUAGAAAAUAAAUGAUUAAAAUAUUCAUACACUAUUUUCAUUUUUGAUAUAAAAAAUGAGAAUCCAAAUUCAGUCAUUGAUUUGAUUGUAAACAAAAAGCAAAAAGUACCUAUGAAGCACAAUGUAGAUAAAAGGAUCUGCGUAAGAUGAGUAACAGGAUAAGAAAGCAGAAAAAAAACAUUUCUGCUACAAAAAAUUCUGUUUAUUUUUUCAGACUUUCUUCAAACCUUUUUUCUUGUGAUUUACUGUGUAAUCUUAAUUCUUACACAAAGGUUGGGAGCGUCUGAUCUACAGCAUAAUGAAAAGAGGUGCAGUACCAAGUAAAAACAGUCAUUUAAAAUAACAGACUUUAAAGGUAAACCAGAGUUUUACUGUGAAGAAAAAUCUUAAUUGUUAAACUACAGCAGCGAGACUGAAUAUUUAAUCAUCCACCCAUCUACCAU